AUGGCGUUGUGGAAGUCUAUUAGUUUGUGGACAGUGUGUGUGGUUUUAUGCCUGCUGGGCAAGAUCUCGGGACUGGACAAUGGGCUCGCGUUGACGCCGCCGAUGGGCUGGCUCGCGUGGGAGCGAUUUAGAUGCAACACCGACUGCAAGAAUGAUCCUGAUAAUUGUAUCAGUGAUCGUCUGUUCCGGACGAUGACGGACAUACUGGUGUCGGAAGGGUAUGCGGCCGCGGGUUACGAGUACAUCAACGUGGACGACUGCUGGCCGGAACGGGAACGGGACGCUCGCGGCCGGCUCGUGCCUGACCGGGAACGGUUUCCGUACGGCAUGAAGAGCUUGGCUGAUUAUGUACAUAGUAAGGGUCUGAAGUUUGGAAUCUAUGAGGACUACGGCAACUUCACAUGCGCGGGAUACCCUGGUGUGGUCGGCCAUCUUGCUGGAGAUGCGGCCACCUUCGCUGCCUGGGGUGUCGACUACGUGAAGUUGGAUGGUUGCUAUGCACUGCCUGCUGACAUGGACUACGGUUACCCAGAAUUCGGAAAAGAGCUCAACUUAACUGGUCGCCAGAUGGUCUACUCCUGCAGUUGGCCAGUCUAUCAGAUCUAUGCUGGUAUUCAGCCCAAUUUCUCCUCGAUCAUCGAACACUGCAACCUGUGGCGUAACUUUGAUGACAUACAAGACUCGUGGGCGUCCGUCGAGUCUAUCAUAGACUACUACGGAAACCAUCAGGACGUGAUCGUGCCCAACGCUGGACCUGGACAUUGGAACGACCCUGACAUGCUGAUUAUUGGCAACUUCGGUCUAUCAUACGAGCAGAGCAAGACACAGUUCGCGAUCUGGGCUAUUUUAGCAGCUCCAUUAUUGAUGAGUGUCGAUCUAAGGACUAUACGACCUGAGUACAAGGCGAUCCUACAGAACAGGAAGAUCAUCGAAGUCGACCAAGAUCCUCUUGGCAUUCAAGGCAGAAGGAUAUACAAGCACCGGGGAAUUGAAAUUUGGUCGCGUCCGAUCCUACCGAUCCAGAGCCAGUACUACUCAUACGCAGUGGCGUUUGUCAACCGGCGCACGGACGGCACUCCGUCAGACGUUGCGGUCACGCUGCGGGAGCUCGGUCUGAACAACCCUGCUGGAUACAGGGUUGAGGAUUUGUAUGAAGACGUCGACUACGGCGUCUUGUCGCCGCAGACCAAGAUCAAAGUGAAAGUGAACCCCUCAGGUGUCGUAAUUCUCCGGGCAGAUGCGCAGCCAUCGUUCGCAUUCAACUCGAUACCGACGCGGACACCGUACACGCCACUGAACGACGUCUUCAGACUGAGCCAGAAGUAG